AUGGACAAAUACCAAGGCAUAGGGGUGCAGCAGCAGGCGCUCUACAACACCAAGUUCAUGCCUGUUGAGUUUUCAUACACCAAAGCCAAGCUGUUCCGAUCUAUACACUCUUUACCUCUCCAAACCUCAUUUCACAAUCAAUUAACCAUAACCAACAAAAGAGCAGCAGAACAGAACUGCUUAACUCUCCUCCAACUCUGUGACUCUCUCCCCAAACUGACCCAACUCCAUGCUCACAUUUUCAAGCUGGGUCUCCGAAACAACCCACUAGUUCUCACCAAGUUCGCCUCCACAUCUUCAGACCUCAACGCUAUUGACUACGCUUCAACUUUCCUAUUCGCGGCAGACGCAAAAACUCAUCUUUAUGACUCCUUCCUUUUCAACACUGUCAUUAGAGCUUAUACUCAACCCCGUGAUUCCAAGCACAAUGGUAUAUAUUAUUAUAAACUUAUGCUUGAAUAUGGUGUUUUGGCUAAUAAAUUUACGUACCCAUUUGUUCUUAAAGCCUGUGCUGGUCUUGGGGACUUGAGUUUGGGUAAAACAGUACAUGGUUGUGUGUUGAAAGUUGGGUUUGAUGAUGAUGUUCAUGUUUUGAAUACCAUGGUUCAUAUGUAUGGUUGUUGCUGUGGGGGGAUUGAGUUUGGUAGGAAAGUGUUUGAUGAAAUGCCUAAGUCAGACCCUGUGUCAUGGAGUGCGAUAAUAGGUGGGUAUGCCCGGCUGGGUAUGUCGAUUGAGGCUGUUGGAUUGUUUAGGAAAAUGCAAAUUUCUGGUGUUAGGCCGGAUGAGAUUACUAUGGUUUCGGUUUUGUCUGCGUGUACUGAUUUGGGUGCACUUGAGCUUGGGAAAUGGGUGGAGUCUUAUGUUGAGAGGGAAAAUGUUGUAAAUAGUGUGGAGCUUUGUAACGCACUAAUUGACAUGUUUGCAAAGUGUGGUGAUGUUGACAAAGCUCUGAGGCUGUUUAGGAACAUGACUGAGAGGUCAAUUGUCUCUUGGACUUCUGUGAUUGUUGGUAUGGCAAUGCAUGGUCGUGGGCCAGAGGCUUUUUCAUUGUUUGAGGAGAUGAAAGGAGCUGGAGUGGUGCCUGAUGAUGUUGCCUUUAUCGGGUUGCUCAACGCUUGUAGUCAUUCUGGGCUAGUUGAGGAAGGCCAGCAACAUUUUUAUUCAAUGACAAAGGAUUUUGGGAUUGUACCUAAGAUAGAGCAUUAUGGAUGCAUGGUGGAUCUGUUAAGCAGGGCUGGACUUGUCAAAGAGGCACUAGAGUUUGUUCAGAAAAUGCCCAUUCAACCAAACCCCAUAAUUUGGAGAACCCUGAUAACUGCUUGCCGUGCCCAUGGUGAGCUCAAUCUUGGUGAAAGCAUCACAAAAGAACUGAUCAGAAAUGAACCCAUGCAUGAGUCUAAUUAUGUGUUACUUUCCAAUAUCUAUGCAAAACAGUUCCGCUGGGAAAGGAAAACCAAGAUUAGAGAGGUGAUGGAGAAGAAGGGAAUGAGAAAGAUCCCGGGGAGCACUAUGAUUGAGCUUGAUAAUGAAAUAUAUGAAUUUGUGGCCGGAGAUAAAAGUCAUAGUCAGUACAAAGAUAUUUACGAGAUGUUGGAUGAGAUGGGAAGGAAAUUGAAAAGGGCUGGAUAUGUUCCUACUACCUCAGAGGUGUUACUUGAUAUUGAUGAACAAGAUAAGGAGGAUGCUUUGAACAGGCAUAGUGAAAAGCUAGCUAUUGCGUUUGCCCUUUUGAAGACACCACCGGGAACUCCUAUAAGGAUUGUGAAGAAUUUGAGGGUGUGUGGCGAUUGUCAUUCUGCUACCAAGUUCAUCUCUAAGAUUUAUAAUCGAGAAAUUGUGGUGAGGGACAGAAACCGUUUUCACCACUUCAGAGAUGGGCUCUGCUCAUGUAAAGACUUCUGGUAACAGAAAACCCAUGAUUUAUGAUAAAUCAUCAUUAAUGGGAAACCAUUUUUCUUAUUAACCAGUGGUAUUUACAAGCCAUGAAGAGCGAGUUAUAGGUGGAGUACAGUCCCGGAUUGUGAUCAUUCUGAGGGAACAGUAAAUGUCGCUGUCCUGAAGUUCAGCAAGGUAUUUUGAUCUUCCCUCCAAUAAGUAGAUGAUUUUAAUCGAAAUCCAGCCUGACUUUCUAAAGUUCAGCAGCUGAGAUAUCAUCUUUCAGGAGAAAUAUUAAAACCAAGAAACAAAUAGAAUGUACAUCUCAAGUUGGAUAUUGUUGAUCUGAAUCUAUCUUGAUAUAAUUCUCUCUCUCAACAGACAUGGUCUAGGCAGGAAAAUAGCGUAUAAUGUUGGUCAGGUAAUGCUUACAAACGCGAGGUGUUUCUUACAGCGAGUGUUGGCUUGUAGUGACACGUGAUAUGUUGGGCUUUUGUGGAGUCUAGGUUUUUGUAUUGAUCCGGAUGAUGAUCCGAUUCGAAUUAAUUUUACGUGUUUUUUUUUUUGGCCCGCUUUGUAGCCCGAUGUUGGACAUAUAAAACCUGUUGUUUUGGGUGAUUAGAAUU